AUGGAGCCCUCGGAGGAUGCAGUGUACGAAGUGGCACUGACCACCUUCCGAUUCCUGGUGGAUGAGAUUGGCGUGAGAUAUUCGCAGAUCAUUCUCUUUGGCAGAUCCUUAGGGAGCGGCCCAGCGGUAUUCUUGGCUGCGCAAUACCCUGCACCCUUGGCAGCACUUAGCUGGGAGCCUGGUGUGGUGGGCGGCCUGAUCCUGGUCUCGGCCUUCAGUAGCAUCAAGGCGGCGGUGCAGAGCAUCGUAGGACGCGUCUUGGCCUGGACAUUCACCGAGCGCUUUCCCAACAGCAGGAUCAUUGCAAACGUCUCAUGUUCCACGCUGUUUAUCCAUGGUGAAGCUGAUAGCUUGAUCCCAGCAGAGCAUUCGCUGAAACUCUUCAAGCGAUGCCGUGCCCGGAAGUUACUGGUGACACCAUCCAAGAUGGAACACAAUUCAAAUCUCUUUGGCGACGCCUCAUUCCUGGCAGUGCCUGCGAUCCAUUUCUUCGGGUUCCCAGGCUACUACACCGCAUCACCUCCCAGAUUGCCCGCCUAUUUGUUUGAGGAUCCAGCCAAUCGAGCACGCAUGCUGAAAGACCGCAAGGAGUCUUUGCCACCGAUGACCAGACCUUCAUGGCUGUGCGAUUGCUUGGCCAAGGGUGAUGGCCAGCAGAUGGAUGUGACUUUCUGUCGCCAGGAGAACUCCGUUGAGGACAUCACCAUCCGCUUCAAGGAGCAGGCAUGCCAGCAGUUACCAACAGCGAUUGAUUGGUGGUUUCAUAUACCAUAG